CUGGUUGGUGUGCUCUGGAUAAGGUUCUCCUUAUAUCUGAGAUCAGAUCUGAGGACUGGCUCAUGAAAAUUACAAAUUCUUUAACUUUAUUUUGAGAGUGAACCACAAUGUGAAAACAGGGGAAGAUUUAAUGGAGCUCAUGGAAUUUGGAUUUAAAAUCAUUGGAAAUGCUGUUAAUUUAAUUUCCAGAGACAUGAGAUGCGUCCUUAUGGCCUGCGGCGGAGUAUUCGCUGUCCAAAGAAAUAUGGGGAGCAUAUUAAGGAGAGGGCUAACAUUUGGGCCUCCAGUGAUAAUCAGGAUCUGAAGCCUGAGCCGAGUGAAGAGGAAUCCCAGAAGCCCCUGGAUGUCAGGUACAUGAGGAACACUGCUGUUCUUCCUGACCUCCGUCCCCCCCACAGCGAUGAGCCCCUCACUUUCAAGGACAAAGACUCUGUCAGUGGUCCGACUAGUCAGGCAGGACCUCUGAUGAUCCAUGGCUACACAGUGCCAGAGUACCAGCACACAUAUCAUUCGGUGGUGGAUCCCCUGCUCUGCGCCCCGUGUGGGGGACUGACAGCCUACAGCCUGCAGCUGGGACGCACCAUCAAAGAGCAUCUGUUUGAGGAGCUGGCCUAUCCUACGCUGCAAAUUACAGAGCAGCCAAACAGGAAGGUGGAGGUGGUGGAGAGGUUUUGUGUACUCCGCCCCACGCCCUAUAUAGACAUAGACAGCAAAGGGGAACCAUCGUGCCACUCAAGAAGUUCCACGACAUGACUCUGCUAUGUUUACUUACAUAAUAUUUUGCUUGUUUAAGUUUUGUUUCCCGUCAAUAUGAAGUGGCCGAAUUUAUGUUGAUUGUUUAUUGAACAAAUUAUGGUCAAAAUCUUUCGAAAUUAAACUUGAUGUAAAAGUUUAUCCCAUUAUGUUUAUAUAAACAAUUUAAUGAAAAUGUCAAGGACCAUGAGACUCGUACUGCAAAUCAUUGAACACUGUACUUUUAACGGCAGUCUGUAUCUAUCCAACCUGAAUCCACAAUGUUUGAUCCAUCUUAUUAAUUGCUUGUCAGCCUAUAAAGUAAUGUGGUGUGUGUAUUGCGACCUCUACACUAUUGCUGACAACAGAGCAAAGUUGAUAUGUCACAUAAACAAAACACUGAUUCAAACCCAACCUUUGUAAGCCUUUUGUUUUCACCUACAUUAAAUAAUCAGGAUGGGUUUGGGUGUUAUUACAGG